AUGGCCGAAUCGUCCAGCUCGAAAGAGCUUCCGCCAGAUAUUUACAAGCCCCUCGAUAAAGACACCCGAGAAAUUCGCCUCUUUGAGAUCCUCCCGUCGGAAGACAUCAACGCAACAGUUGAGAUCCGGCUGUUCCCUCAUCGGCUGGGGGACAUGUCAGGACAGUUCAUCCCUUUCUCCUAUGUCUGGGGGGAUCCAACGGACACGGAGCCAAUCAAGGUCAAUGGAAUGUCGACAGCGGUCACUCGCAAUCUCGCCGAUUUCUUAAAGCAGACCCGCGCUUUGCUUCUCGAUAUCCUCACCAAGGGCUCCUGGGAUAAACCCGCCAUUUUUUGGGCCGAUGCCAUCUGCAUAAACCAGCAGGACAUGGAAGAGCGGAACCAUCAAGUCCAGCUCCUAAAGCCCAUCUACUCGUCCGCUCCUCUGGCUCUCGCCUGGCUCGGGCAUUUCAGUGACGCACAUCUCGCCGUUAGCCUUGCCGAGAGUCUUGGUCCACCACACGGCCUCGGUUUCAUCUCGAACUUGCCAAAUCUGGAUUACAGCUCCUGGAUGCAUGCGCAUCCGCACCUGUGGGCCGUUUCCGAGGGCCGCAACGCAUAUUGGGAAGCCUACAAAGCGCUGGUUCAGUCGCCAUACUGGACUCGUACAUGGACCUUUCAGGAAAUGGUUCUGCCAACUGAUGUCCUCUUCAUGGUGUAUGGCCUUCUUGGCAUCAUAGAAACCCACCUAGAGGCGGACUACACAAAGGAUAUUGCCCAAGUCUACAGAGAGUUCGCCUCGACGUGGAUUGAUGAGGUCAAGGACCUCAAUCUUCUCCUCUAUUCCCAAGAACACUAUCGCAUCGCCCGACGUAGCCCAAACCCGAUUCCUUCUUGGACACCAGACUGGGAAGGAAUCUCGCAGAAGGAGUACGAUGGUUCACCCUACCCCAAUUUGGGGGUUGUAAUGGCUACCUUAUCUAUCCCUCAUUAUGCGUCUGAGCAGUUGCCUGCCAGCAAUCCGCACCUGUGUGACGACCUGAGCACUCUGGUUGUUCCUGGGGUAGUGGCUGGUAAGGUGGAAGGGGUCUAUCCUUGCUGGCUCUCCGAUACAAGUGAUUCUGAUUUCGCUCUUCACAUCGUUCAGCUUGCAAUCAAGUGUAAAAGUCACCGUGAUUCGCAGCUGAGGCCGAGCGGUUGGCCCCCUGGACCAAGGCUACACGUAUUCCAAGCCCUUUUUCGAACGAUAAUCCCCAACGCAAGGGUACAUUCCUUGUCACAAAACAGAGAUGCCAGCUUGAAGCGAAGCAUGGCUCUUUGCUUUCUCGUAGGCGUCCUUGCUUGGGCUGCUGACUCGGAGUGUCUGGAUUGGUACAGCAUUGCGGCAACUUACCUACCGCAGCUCUGUAUUCCCCUUGGCCAAGAUUUCUCAAGGGCGUGGAAAGAAGAGAUUUUCAAGGGCUACAGUGCCGAAGACCAUAUGACGGACUGGGAGAAUGCUGCUGCGGCCAUGGAGUGGACCUGGGAAAAUGUCAGGGAGGAUGUUGAGGCCGUGAGACGGUAUACAAGAGCGUAUCUCGGAGCCCCUCUGAAAUUUGUCACAAACAACGGCUACCUCGGAACUGUCACCGCCGCUCAGGCGGGGGACUUGGUGGUUGUGCUCGCUGGUUGUAAUGCCCCUGUGAUUCUCAGAAGGAAGGGAUCUCAUUACGAGCAUGUCGGGCCCUGCUUCGUGGUAGGGCUUAUGAAAGGUGAGGCCAAGCAGAUGGUGGACCGAGGAGAGGCAAAGAUUGAGACGUUUGAGAUUCGUUAG